CGAGAAGCAUAGAAAAGAACAUUUACCGUGGACAUAGCAACACGAGCUGUGCAAGAAUAACCGGCGAUACAGCGUCCCAGUUAGUGGCUUUGCGAGGUACGAUUACUAGAUCCCCCACGGGCAAUUUUGUCAAGCAUGAGCCAGCAGGGACAGCCGCUCUGCUUGCUUGCACUAGAUGGCGGCGGUGUUCGAGGUCUGAGCGAGCUCAUCGUCCUCCAAGAGCUGAUGCUUCGUGUUCAGAAGCACAGAAGCCUCCAAUUCCCUCCGAAGCCUUGCGAAUUGUUUGACCUCAUCGGUGGUACAAGCACAGGAGGGCUCAUUGCCAUAAUGUUAGGUCGAUUGAAAAUGUCUGUGGACGAGGUUCUGGAGGAAUACUGCAAUAUUGCGAAAGAGGUCUUCGGGAAACCAAAACGUCGUUUCUCAGAAGGUACAUAUUCCGCGUCGACGUUAGAGAAGGUUAUCAAAAAGGCAGUUGAGCGUUAUGGAAGCCCUAAGGAAGAAAAUGGGAAGGCAAGCCCAGAACUAAAGUUACUGGAAGAGGGCGACAGCACGUCCAACUGCAAAGUAUUCGUUUGUUCUAGGAAUGCUCGAGCGAUGAACACGGCCCGGCUCUUUCGGUCAUACCGAUCUUAUACCGCUGGAGACUACGAGGGAAUGACGGUAUGGCAAGCUGCUCGAGCUACAUCCGCGGCACCGACCUUCUUCAAGCGUCUCAAGAUUGGGCCACAGCAUGCAAAAGAAGAAUUUCUAGACGGCGGUCUGGGAUCUAACAACCCAACAAAACUUUUGAUGGAGGAGGCUGUCAAAAUAUCCGAUAGACAGGAUCCCAUCGUAUGCAUUAUCAGUAUUGGCACCGGCAAAACCAACGUCACUGAAUUCAAGACUCCGGGAUUCAUCCAGAAGACAUUGCCAACGAAACUCGUCGAUGCGCUGAGAAAAAUGGCGACUGACUGCGAGACAGUCGAAGGGGAGAUUAGUCAAAGGUUCUCUGCAAAUCCUGGCAGCUACUUUCGUUUCAACGUGGAGCACGGCCUGGAGAAUAUUUCGUUAAAAGAAUGGGAGGAACUUGGAAAUAUCAAAGCAAAGACGAUUGCAUAUCUUGGAGACCAUAGGAUUGCUGGCAGCGUGAAUGAGGCUGUCGUAGCCCUCUGCGAUCGGAGUCCUAGGUUCGCUGCCUCUGACUUGGGUAGUUACACUAUUUAAUUCCUUGACACCUAAGAAUUGU